UGCUGACGACUGCUGCAAACUGAGAGCUUAUUUGAAUUUGGAGCAAACAAAAUAGUCGAAACGCAGUAAUAAUGACUCCACGGAUUACAUAUUUCUUACGCUCUACUUUUUAAGCCAAAACAGGGAUGAAAAAAUGAAUGGGUUCCAGUCCAUCAUUUCUGGAUAUGUCUUCACUUCCUUCUUUGUAAUGGCCAUUUCAGCCCAGAGUGGCGACACCUUUCCUGACAGUUUCAUAGGGUUUGACUCAGUCCCAGACCAAGUGGCAGAUGGCUCAGUGGUCCGUGUGCACUAUCGGUGCUCCGGGCCGUGUCAGCUCACCGUGGAGGUGGUGGACUCGACAGUGAGGAAUACAGAUUUGGUGGCGUUCAGGAGGAAGUGGUCCGGCGGCGCACCUCGGGCCCACGGAAUCCAGCAGGUGCUGCUCAGAUGGCCUCCGUCCAUUUCCCGUCGCCUCCGCUUCUUCAGCGGGAACACGCUCCACACCCGAAAUGUGACGCUCCGCGCCUGGCUGGACGGCGGGGGGACAGGCGAGGAAAUCGGCACGUACCGCGGCUCCACGUGGAAAAUCUGCAAAGAGCUGCAGGUAACGCUGCCUCCCCGGGACUGCCCGUCAUGGUCAGCUCAACUUAUCCAGCAGACGACAAUCCAUCAGUGCCCACAUGAGACAGAUGCAGUCGAUAUGCUCACGUUUCCUUUCGCGAGCACCGGUGAGCACUUCGGGGUGGUCCGCAGAUUCCAGCCCUUCGUUAACAGAGCCCUGGAGACGGCCCGCCUUCAGGCCGCUGCACGGCCGAGCGUCACCUUCUCGGCGUGGAUCUACCUGCUAAAGCGGUGUCAGAGCAGGCGCUGUGGGAUCAUCCAUCAUGUGAACGGGAGAAAUUUAUAUGACUCCGUCCUGCUGCAGCUCUCAGACUCAGGAGAAAUCAUAAUUCAGGCCCAUGUGACGACAGGAGAAGAUGAAGCAUUCCAAGCCGCUGAAGUGAUGCCCCUGUGGAAGUGGAUUAGAUUGGACUGUUACAUACUCGGCUCAAAGGUUGUCCUGAUUUCAACGUGGGAUGAGGAAACUCACCGAUCUGAAUACGAAUUUCAGAGCAGCAUCAACUUCGAUGACACUGACGGAUACUUUGUGAUUGGAGGGGGCAAAUACAUGCCAGGCAUCCAUGGCUACUUCGGGCCCGUCAAAUACUACCGCUUAGGAACAGAAGAGGUUAAGAAUGAUCUUCACCCCAAGUCAACGUUACAGGGGCUGGAGAGGGCCCAUCAAAAAUGUCAGGAAAUUAAAAGAUUCACCAAAGCUUUUCUACAUGAAGUUACCAAAACCCGCCCUUUGUCACCAGCUAACAAAGUUUCAGCCGUGUGCGUCCCGGACUUCCUCAGACUGUGGGGUCAGCUCGGAGGGAAAGAUAAAACCUGCCCCCAGACGUGGACCUGGGAAUCGCAGCUUGAGCACCAGGCGUUCUUUCACUUCUUGCUACGGAGCGAGGCGGAAAUCGGAACAGGAUCUUUUGCAACUUUGCACCUGAGAAAGACUCUGUUUGACCUGGCCGUCGGUGAAAUAUUCCCUGCUGUUGAGGCAGAGAAGGAAAUCACACUCCAAUCGAUGGCUUUACUGAAAGCAGCUUCCUGCUUUGGAAACCACAGAGCAUCGUUGCUCCUGGCCGCCACCCACCUGUCUGGACUGGGAGGCUCAGUCGAUCAGGAGGAGGGUCACGUUUAUAGCCUGAUUGGUGCCUUGGCUGAUGACCGUUUUUCCCUGAUGCACGCUGGCUAUAAACACACGUACGGAGCCGAUGGGUUUCCUAAAGACUUGCACAUGGCUUACGGCUACUAUUCCAAUGCUGCGGCGCAAAGCAGCAUAGACAUUUCCCAGGAACACAAAAAUAAGCAGUAUACACCUGAAUACAUCUAUCUAAGCAACGAUGAUUAUUCAAACAGCCUGACGGAUGAAACCAGUGAUCUCUUUCAGUAUUUAAAAUUCGAAGCAGAGAGGGGAGACACAGAAUCUCAGAGACGCUUGGGAACGAUGCUUUACUGGGGACAGAAUGGAAUCUCAAAAGACCCAGCCAGCGCAGUGAAGUGGUUUGAAAGGAGUGCCAUGCAAAUGAAGGAUCCUUCUGCGAUGUACGAGUACUCCGUCCUCCUGAUGAAGGGCCAGGGAGUGAAGAGAAACUACACACGGGGUUUUCAGCUGCUGCAGAAAGCGGCCGCUAUGGGUUCAAUUAACGCCCUGAAUGGCUUAGGCUGGUACCAUGGGACGGUGCUUAACGACCACGAGAGCGCCGUGAGAUACUUCCAGCAAGCCGCCGCAAACGGAAGCGCAGAGGGGAUGUUUAACCUGGGAGUUUACCAUCUGAGCGGGAAGAACCCCGAGAAGCCGUGGAGGAACGAGAGCGCGGCAUUCCAGCUGUUCCUGAACGCCUCACGAUUUGGCCACGUAGCCGCCUCGGUGGAGGCGGCCUGGUACCUUUCGACAGGAAGCCUACAGGCGGCGUCUCAGGAUGUGGAGAGGGCCGUGACGAUGCUGAAGAAGGUCUGCGAACAAAACGGACACCUCGGAUUUAUGAUCAGAGAGGGUCUCCUGGCCUACGUCCAGGGCUGUCGCAUGCGUCAGGCAUUCGUGAGCUACGUCCUGGCGGCAGAAACGGGCCUCGGUGUGGCGCAGGGCAACGCCGCGCACCUGUGUGAGGAGCUGGAUCUCAAAAACAAUUGUCAGUGGAGGUAUCUCAACUAUUCUAUAUUAGACCCUGAUCCCCAUCCAUCCGCUCUGCUGAAAAUGGGCGACUACUACUACGACUACUUUUCCUCCAGCACACGAGAGGACUCAUUAUCCUUGGCUGAGCAGUCCAUAUCAAUGUAUAGCAGAGCAGCUCUAGCGGGUAGCCCUCAGGGAAUGUUCAGCCUGGCUGUUCUGGCGCAACGGGGACACACUCUUCCGCCGAGCGUCCUCGGCUUGUUCAAUGCAUCACGUCGCGACGAGCCGGAUUCUGUGGUGGAGAAGAUCUUGCAAAGAUGUGUCGAUUCUGAGGACGACGAAUCUGUUGGUCCAUGUUUUCUAGCUCUGCUUGGACUCCAGAUGAGAAAAGCCCAGAAGAGAAUGACUCAGAACCACGCAGAACUCCUCUUGAUGUAUGCAUCUCUUCUCUCCAUCUUAGUCAUCAUGGUGGCUCUUCCAUUGCACAGCUGCCUUGAACGCAGACGCGGGCCACUGUCCCGGAACAGAAGGGCUUCUUCUGUCGGCCAACACGGCGCCGACCUCGACAGAGCCUUGGUCAACCGGUGGCUGACGGUAAACGGCGAGCGGCGGCUCCAGCGGGCCAGCGAGCUGGCUUUGACGCUGGCGGGCGUUUGCCUGUGCAGCUUCUGGACCGCACUCCUCUGUCAUCUCCUGUGAGCUACAAUGCCAGGUGCAGUGAUCCAGCGGCCGCAGCAAAAGCCCGCAGACGCUACAUAUUGUGAGCCGGCACAUUAUUAUUACAAUACACAACAAUUCAUGUCACACUUUGGUGCUUCUGAGGCCAGUGACUCAAUCUCAGAGCAAAGGAAGAUAGGCACCGGUCAAACUGGGACAGAGCUGCUUUAUCUGGUAGUUUCCACGGUAACCACUAAUCAUUUAUUUGUUUAUAAUCUUAAAAAAAAAACCCUCGUCUCAAAGUUGAUUUAAAGAAAUCUAAGCCUUAGUUACAGCUUCUUCAGGACGUGGUGCUGAAGGAGGAGGGUGGUAAAGAAUGAGUCUCAGUGAUGGAUUCACAGGGAGAUGUUCGCCCAGCUGUGUUCUAAUAAGUCAGCCAUUGAGGCCUGUCCCCGCUCCUAUCAGCGACUUGUCGAUGAUAAACGUCGCGCAGGAGACAGGACGCGCAACAAAAGCACACGGGGCACUCAAACACUUUCUGGAGCCAAAGGCAGAGCAAUGGAAUUUCCAAAUGUUAUUGAUUUAGUCUCUUGCGGUGCAGGUGUUCUCAGUCAGAACGUAAGAUAAGCAGAUAUCAUCCUAAAACAAUGCUAACCAGAGAUCGAAGGGACAGAAAUGUUUACAUAGCAGUGGCACACUCUUUAAAUGCACCUUUAUGUAUUUUGAAGGGAAAAAAAUCCUCCAUGUAGCAUCGUUUUUGUGCUCAUAGAAAACGGAUUGGAGAACAGCAUCUGAGGGAUUUUGUUUCUAUGCUUCUCAGCCAUAAUGAGGCAAAGUUUAUGUCACUUUGUCUGUAACAGUUAUUUACAGCCCUGGCUGACUGUGAUGUGAUAAUGUGCAGUUUAUGGCCGAUGUUCAGGGAGCUGUCAUUUGUUAAAUUAGGAGUUUCCACCGUGUAAACAGCUCCAUACAGAGCCGCCUCCCUUUGGAGUGACUGCGUAUAAUUUGGGGGCUGACUGAUGGUUUCCCUCUUCCUUUUUAUAACCCUGCCACAGACGUCAUCCGUCUCUGUCUUUAAGGAAACCAGUUAAAGAAAACAAAAGCACAGCUGGCAUGCUUGUGCAGUAAUCUCUUAAUGUGUCAUUGCACUUAAUGUGGUAGCUUUUUCAACGGGUUACUGGAGCUUACGUCAGAGUCACUUACAACAAGGUCACCAAACCCGUCUAAAGUUCUGCUAACCUGUCUGAACCAAAGAAUUAGCUCUUUGACCGUAUGUGAUUUAAACAGAAAACACAGACGAGUUCAACAGUUAGCUUUGAGAUAAAUGAUAAAGUCAAUCGUACUUCCUUGCUCACUAACUAUACCGAGUUCUGUUCUAAUUUACCUUAUUUUUAGUGGCGUUUUCUGCUUUGCAGAGCUCGGCCCCUCCCUGUGGGAUCACCAGACAGGUUACCGGCAGCCCAGAUCAACUGGUACAAAGAUACAUGCUCUACACAGAGCCAAAAAUUGUGGUCAAGAUAUGUGUGCUUCAGGUCAGCUCUCGCACAGCUGUAAUUAUUUGGUUCUUCACCGUGGCUGGUGAAAUGAUCCAGACAUUGGAUUGUAAGUCUCUGUGGACGUGGUGUCUUUUAAACCUUAGGUCUGCGAUAUUCAGUGAUCCUUACCCUAGCUGUUGCCAAGUCUACACGAUGGAUGUUGAACCUGAUGUCUAGGUGUGAACAUUGACAGGGUCAGACCAAAGGGAAUAUCGUUGGAGAUGCUUUUCUUGUGAUAAGAUGAUGUCACGUUUAUGGCAUCUCGCUGCUGUAAAGAUAUUUUGAGUCGAAGUCAGAUAUAUUCCAGCCUAGAGGGUUAAAAGCUGAAGUCUGCUGGAGCACCGAGCAGAUGUGAGCAUAGCAGUCAACCAUCGAUUCGAACUGCCGCCUUUUAUGUGUGUCGACUUUUACGCCUGUGAUUAUUUUGCCUCACGCAUUAUAUGAUGUAAGAAGGUUCUAUUCAAGUGCAGUUUACAGUUUUUUGUUAUACCUCUGACAAAACUUUAAUACAAGUCAUUGCUGUGAAUUGCUUCCUACCACACUGCCAAACCAGAUGACACACAUCCCUCGUGCACAUCCCUGAUUUAAUCUGAACAGAACGCCUAUGCUUUAUGCUUCAAAUGGGUUCAUUUCAGCACAUUCUUAUUCCCAGAAAAACUCAGGAGGGCCGUCUCACUGCACAAGAAGCAGUGGCCUACUGUGUGCUGUAUAUCGCGCCGCUGCAUCGUAACAUGUCUAAAAAUAGCUUGUAUCUCCAAACAUAACUCAGCUGGACUUUGGAAACAUCUGCGAACACUUCUCCCUGCAGGUGGUGAGGUCAUAAAAGAAGAUACAAUCUAAAACGUGUUCAUUUUGU